UUUUUUUGAGGGAAAGAAGUUAAUAUUGUUGUUGUCAUCUUAUUUGCGGAAUUUUGAUUUGACAGGAGUCGCCGUAGACCGUGGGCACACUGCGAGUUUUCCUCUCACCUUUAUUCUCUGCAACUUCUUCGAGCCACCCUCAUUCUUCAACAUGGACAAUAGGCAUACAAUUAUCCUAAUGCAGACAUCACAGAACAGAUCAACUCGAACAUUUAUGGAUUAUGAGUCAAUAAGUCAAGCAAUGGAUGGUAUCUGUGCAUUGUAUGAAAGGAAGCUGAAGGAGAUAAAUCCAGCCCUCAGAAACAUCAGUUAUGACAUUGGUGAUUUAUACAAUUUCAUCGAUGGGCUUGCUGAUUUGAGUGCAUUGGUUUAUGAGCAUUCCAUUCAAGGUUACUUGCCGUAUGAUAGGCUGUGGAUCAAGCAGAAGACACUCCAACGACUCAAAAAAUUGGCACGAUGAGUCAAGAAAUGAACUGCAAUUGAUUUCUGGUGACUGAAUCACUCUGCAGAUUAUAUUUGCAGUAGAAGCCAAUUUAUCUGUAAGAACAGUGUUUAUACAAAGUUCAGAAAGUAAUCAAAGUAUGUAAUGUGAAAUGUACUUAUUAAUCUUAGGAUGUUGAAUUAGAUAUGAAACUACAGUUAAGAUGGCAUAAGAUCUAGUGAUUUUUAUAAAUCCACCUGGCCGACUGUUUUUGAUGUCA